AUGACCGAUAAAAUCACACGUGAAAAUAUCGGAGCCCCAAACGCUCCAUUCUAUACACCUAUUCAAAACCCACCACCAGGCACUUUUGUCAAAACUACCCAAUCUAAUGGCGUCAUUGAAAAUAUCCCAUCAUUAUUUACACCGUUAAAACUUCGUGGUAUAACCUUACCAAAUAGAAUAGCGUUAUCACCAAUGUGCACGUUUAGCGCUCAAGAUGGUGCCUUGACGGAUUGGCAUUUGGUACAUCUAGGUCAAUUUGCCCUGAGAGGUGCGGGAUUAAUCAUGGUAGAAGCUACGGCCGUGACACCUGAAGGCAGAUUAAGUCCAAACGAUUCGGGAUUAUGGAAUGACGAACAAAUUGCCCCAUUGAAAAGGAUCGUAGAUUUUGUUCACUCUCAAGGUGUUAAAAUUGGUAUACAACUAGCUCAUGGUGGCAGAAAAGCUUCUACGAUAGCUGCUUUUAUUAAUGUAAAGGCUCUUGGAAAUAAUGUUAAAUAUUCUCAGUUAUUACCUGAAGAAUUUGGUGGAUGGCCAAACGAUGUGAUUGGACCUUCACCUAUUCCUUGGGAUGAUGAACAUGCUAAUCCAAAAGAGUUGACUAUAGAACAAAUUCACGAAAUUCAAGAAUCUUUUGUCGCGGCUGCUAAACGUGCCGAAAAGGCAGGAUUUGAUAUAGUAGAAUUACAUUAUGCUCAUGGAUACCUUGCUCAUGAAUUUUUUUCUCCCAUUUCAAAUAAACGAACAGACCAAUAUGGAGGUUCAUUUGAAAAUCGGGUUAGAUUUGGGCUGGAAAUUACGAAAAAGGUUCGGGAGAUUUGGUCAGAGGAUAAACCUUUAUUUGUUAGAAUUUCUGCUACAGAUUGGGUUGAUGAUGAAGAUAGUUGGGAAAUCAAACAAUCCGUUGAAUUAUCCAAAUUAUUUCAAGCUCUCGGUGUUGAUUUAAUUGAUGUCUCUACCGGUGGUAAUACCCCUAAGCAAAACUUGGCUGUUAAAGAUCAUUUCCAAGUUCCUUUUGCUGAAGUGAUUAAGAAAAAUGUUGAUAUUAAUGUUGCUACCGUUGGUUUAAUAAAAGAUCCUAAACUUGCCAACGGUAUUGUGGAAAAUGGCCAAGCUGAUUUGGUAUUUUUAGCAAGAAGUUUUUUGGCUGAUGGUAAUUGGGCGAUAAGGGCAGCUAAAGAACUAGGUGUAUUAAUCCAAACUCCUGUACAAUAUAAUUACGCGAUUAGGAGUUUUCUUUAA